CUUUAACAAAAUGUCAAAACCAAAAAUGGCUUGUAAGCCGCCGCCACCAUCUCCAGAGGAGAUGAAAAACAUCAAGUUUCCCAUGCACAACACACAUUUGCGGAAAACGUUGGGCAUUUUGAGGACUGCUUGCUAUUUGUCAAUAUUGGCCCCGCUUCUGUUCUACGUGCUUCACAAUGCGCCACGUAAGAUGAAAUAUCAACAAUUUUAUACACACUACGAUCCAUUGGAUGCAUUUGAUCGCAUGAAAAGCGGCGGCUAUUUCAACUCGUGCCCAGCCAAGGAGGAAAAGAAAGAGAAGGGCAAGGACAAGAAAAAGAAGUAAAUGGAAUACAAUACAAAAGAAUGGAAUCAAUUCAUUGCUAGGACAAGAAUCGUCAAACAAACAUAAUAAGAAUGGAAAGGAAAUCAGAACAGGAACGCAAAUGAAUUCUAAGAAAUUGUAAGACUCGACAGGAUAUGAGAUAUUUCUUAAACAUGAUUACACACGCGCACACACACACACACUUACACAUGCGUUCAGCGUAAAACUUGUUGAUUAAAUGGAGCAUUGCAGAUA